CAGCGAGGCUGUCUUCGUAGAGAGGCGUUUGCAGCCUGUCUGAGGACAGCGCAGGAGAAGGGAGCAGCCCCUUUCCCCGAGGAACUUGCCCUGCCAGAAAGGCACUCGCACUGGGUGCGUUCCUUCUCUCCUCUCCCGGGUAGCAUAGAAACUGCAGUUGCACAGACACGCCGAGCCUCCGGGCUGGAUGAAAUUACGCGCCUCUCGCCUUCAUGCAUAAAACAUGGAGCAGGAAGAAGAGGGCUGCAGCUGCUCUUGUGUCGUCUGUCCCCACUGCUGAGCUCUCCCAGCCGCUGCCUCCUUACCAGUGGGUCGCAUGCCCGACCGGCCAAAGAGGAAGGCGGGAGGCGGCGGCGGCGGCUUCAUAAACCAGGAUCUGGACUUUCCCCGCUGGGCGCCCGACUACGCACGUGGUGGAUUUACGGCGCGGUUGGUGGGCCGCCGCUGCCGCCGCCUCAAGCUGCCAGCAGUGUUGAGCAUGGAGCUCCCUCCGCGGCGCGUGAGAAACUACAGACCCUGGAGGCGCAGAACCAAGCGCUGGCCCCUCAGCAGGUUACCUUCCAGGCUCCCAGAAAUCAUGUCAGUAGGAUCACAUUCAUUCUCCCCAGGAGGCCCCAAUGGGAUUAUUAGGAGUCAAUCCUUUGCUGGCUUCAGCGGUCUCCAAGAAAGACGAUCCAGGUGUAACUCCUUUAUUGAAAAUUCCUCCUCGCUAAAGAAACCCCAGGCAAAAGUGAAGAAAAUGCAUAAUUUGGGAUAUAAGAACAACAGCACCUCUAAAGAGCCUCAGCCUGAAAGGAUGGAAGAAGUUUACAAGGCCUUAAAGAAUGGACUGGAUGAAUAUCUAGAAGUGCAUCAGACCGAGCUAGACAAGUUGAUUGCUCAAUUAAAGGACAUGAAAAGAAACUCACGGCUGGGGGUGCUGUAUGAUCUAGACAAGCAAAUGAAAGCAAUUGAAAGAUAUAUGAGAAAACUGGAGUUCCACAUCAGCAAGGUGGAUGAGCUCUACGAAGCCUAUUGUAUCCAGAGACGGCUCCGUGAUGGUGCUAACAAAAUGAAACAAGCAUUUGGGUUGUCCCCUGCCAGCAAGGCAGCUAGGGAGAGUUUGUCGGAAAUCGGCAAAAGCUACAAAGAGUACACAGAGAACAUGUGCACUAUUGAAGGAGAGCUGGAAAAUCUAAUGGGGGAGUUCUGCAUCAAGAUGAAAGGUCUGGCUGGCUUUGCUCGACUUUGCCCUGGAGACCAGUAUGAAAUAUUCAUGCGAUACGGACGCCAGAGAUGGAAACUGAAAGGCAAAAUAGAAGUCAACGGCAAGCAAAGCUGGGAUGGAGAAGAAAUGAUCUUCUUCCCUCUCAUAGUUGGGCUGAUCUCCAUUAAGGUCAUGGAAGUUAAAGGCCUUGCUACUCACAUUCUGGUGGGAAGUGUUACCUGUGAAACAAAAGACCUCUUUGCCGCUCAGCGUCAGGUUGUUGCUGUGGACAUCAAUGACCUUGGCACGAUAAAGCUGAACCUAGAAAUCACUUGGCACCCAUUUGAUGUUGAGGACAUAACCCCAUCCACAGGCAGCACGAACAAAGCUGCUCUCCAAAGAAGGAUGUCCAUGUAUAGUCAAGGCACUCCAGAAACACCAACCUUCAAGGACCACUCGUUCUUUAAAUGGCUGCAUUCUCCACAAGAGCGGCUCCAGUUUUCCAUUUUAGAUGUUCUGCAGGACACUUUCUUUGACAAGCUGCGUCGCAGUCGCUCCUUUAGUGAUUUGCCAUCUCUCAGGCUGAGGCCUAGAACAGGGCUAGAACGUUAUUCAAAUCUAUCUGAUGAAGUAUUUGAAAAUGGGAUGACAGAAAAUGAGAAGAGGCCAACAUCUUUUAGCUUCAGUGAUAUUCCCAAUGGAGACUGCACACCAUCAUCCAGUUCUGUUGGUUCCUCCUCCACCAUAGAUAAUUUUAAUCCUGAAAUUACUGUUACACCUCCAGAACACAAUGGGCAGAAAUUAUCAAAAACUCACAUGGACAAUAUCAGUUCAAGCUCAUCAGUUGACUCCACACCUGAAUCCAAAGGCUUAAAAUUUCAACAAAAGCCUGCGCCAAUUAAUAAGGAAAAUAAGAUUUCAAGUGUAGAUUCAGAAGUUUGCCAAAAGUCUCUAGGGUCCAGAAGCAACAGUCUGUUCUUAGAUAAUAGUGCCCCAGUGUCACUUCUGCAGGAUCCAGAUGAAUUGUCAGAGCUCAAACCUGUAGAACUGGACACUUUUGAAGGCAACAUCACUAAGCAGCUCGUAAAAAGACUAACUUCAGGAGAAGGCCCAGUGACACCUGAGAAGUUUCAUUAUGAAGGGUCAAUAAGUGGUGAAUCUGAAGGCUACAAAUCCUGUGUAGAUGGAAGCCUAGAAGAAGCACUUCAGGGGCUUCUUCUGGCACUUGAGGUUCAUAAAGAAGAGUUUAAAGAAUUCCUCGACUUAGAGCAAGAAAUAACACACCUGGAUGAGAUUCUAAAAUGCAGACCAGCAAUAAACCACAGCAGGUCAUCUAGUUUAAGCCUAACAGUGGAGAGUGCAUUGGAAAGCUUUGAUUUCUUGAACACCUCCGAUUUUGAUGAGGAUGAUGGUGCUACUGAUGAGCUUUGCAAUGUUGGCCGAGGUGCAGAUUCUGUGUUUUCGGACACUGAGACAGAGAAAAAUAGUUACAGGUCAGAACACCCAGAAGCCAGAGGGCAUCUCAGCGAAGCAUUAACGGAAGACACAGGAGUUGGUACCAGUGUAGCUGGAAGCCCUCUUCCAUUGACCUCAGGGAAUGAAAGUCUUGAUAUCACCAUAGUCAAGCACUUACAGUACUGCACGCAGCUUCUUCAGCAAAUUGUAUUCUCCAACAAAACACCGCUUGUCACAAGGAACCUCCUAGAUAAGCUGUCCCAGCAGAUUCUAGUGAUGGAGAGUCUUGCCGAGAUCAGCAAUGAGAAUAUGGGGAACAUCAGGCCUAUAAGUGAAGCAAUUCCAGAAUUUCAGAAAAGGACCUCCCUGCUGUCCUUCUGGACUAAAUGUACCAGUUCUCCUGGAGUGUAUCACAUGUCUGCAGACAAGAUGGUCAAGCAACUAGAUAUUACCUUUGCUAUGGCUGUGAAUGAAGAGUAUCCAGGACUUUCAGAAACAGUAUUUAAAACUUUGGUGUCUUAUAUCUUGGACCGAGCAGAGCCUGUGCUUCCCUCCAGUUUGUCCUUGGAAAUCGUAACAGUUUUUCAGUAUUACAACUAUUUUGCCAGCAAGAACAUUAGUGACUUGGGAAAUCAUUUGCUUCAGCUUGCAAGAGAAGCUUUAAUGGUGCAGACUCUACAGUCCUUAAGAGAGGAAAAGUUCUUGCAGAACAUGACUGCAUUAACCUCCAUCAGUCUCUCACCUCAUCAAGAAGUACUGAAAUCUUUGGCUCUCCUCCUUCUGACUGAAAAUAAAAGGGAGACCUGCGAAGCUGUGAUAUCUGUCUUGUCAGCUGCAGCAGAAGACAAGCACUUCAGGGAAAAGGCUCUGAUUUAUUACUGUGAAACACUUGCACAGCCCAGCCUCCACCUACAGAAAGCAGCUUGCCUGGCAUUGAAAUGCCUCCAGGCAACUGAAAGUAUCAAAAUGCUGGUCAUGCUUUGCCAGUCUGACAAUGAAGAGAUCAGAAAGGUCGCCUCUGAAACCCUGCUCUCUCUUGGAGAAGAUGGCCGGCUGGCGUAUGAACAACUAGAUAAAUUUCCCCGUGAAUUUGUUAAAGUUGGUGGACGACGUGGGACUGAAGUGGCCACAGCUUUCUAAGUAUUAUAUCUGCUUUUUAACACAACAAUCUCAGAGGCUGGUCCUAUUAAGCAUGAUGGUGCUGUAGAUGAACUGCAAGAAAACAGUCUUUCAAGAGAUGCUCUGAAAAUUAGCAGCUCACAGACUUUCCAAGGGAAAAAAAAAAAAGAACAUGGAGAAGCUAGCUUUGGGGAUUUUAUCUGUAGCCUAUAACGGAAUCUGUUCAAAACAGUGAUUGUUUUCAUUGCUUCCGAGUGGAACUAUGUGGCUGCUGCACAUCAGCCUCCGCAAGCACGUGAGGAGUUUUGAAAGCAACUCUGAAGCAUUUCUGUGGAAUUGGGUGCUUGUUUGAAAGAGGUGAUGCUCCCCUUAAGCAAGGGGAAGGAAGGAGCAGGGUGACCAGCACUUCUGAGUAACUUGAGUCCCCAUCUCUGCUGAGCCCAUUGCCCUGCAGCAUCUCUUGCUUGGUUUUCUUACAGCAGCAAAGUUUAGCAUAAGCCAUUUUCAAAUAAUGGCCUGCCUCCGGAAGCAGCAGGAGGCAAACUGCAGGAAAAGUCACUUCUGACUCAUGUUUGAUUUCCAUCCUUGCUUUCCCCCACCCUCCAGUAAUCAACUCUCAUUAAUUCAGAGGUUUUCUUUUCUUGUCAAGCAGUUGUGUGGGUUGCGCAAAACAAAUGGAAGGUGAAAUGUGCUCCCUUUUCCAGAAAGGCAAAUGGAUGGAACAUGCUUCAUUACAUUAAAACCAUGGCUCUGUUCCCCACAACCCCGGCACUUUCAAAAGGGAGUGACAUUUUCUGCACUUAAUACUAGUAAGAGAGCUUUUAACAUUGAUUUUAGUAUAAUUUCAGUAUAAAAGAGAACAACCAGUGACAGACCUCUUGGGGACUGUUUAAAAACAAGGUGUUUACAAAUGCAUCUCCUUCACAAAACGUAGGGUGAGGGAAGGUGUUUCAAUCUCUUAUAUUGCUAGAUAAUACAGUUUAACAGAAGGUAGUUCUUAUACAAUUGUUGGGUUUCUAUGGAAAAAGUGUUAAUCAUUUGAAACAUGCAGGUUUUGAAGGUUGGUUUGGGGCGUUUUUUUUACAUAUCUAUAUAUAAUUUAAUAGAAGCCCUUUUUGCCAAAUAUAUUGGCAAGACAGUAUUUUUGAUUGUGAAUGUUGCAACACUGUACAUAUCUGUAUAUUUAUAAAUUAUAUAUACAAUUUCUCUGAUUGAAAGUUACAUUUGUACAGUCAGUUUAAAAGGUUUACUGAAAGAACAAGCUGUUUUAUGAUAUGUGAAAUAAUAACGCUUUGGUUUUUACCACACAUGAGCUGGCAGUCCUUCAUGUUCUUCUUUUAUAUUUGCCUUCUAUAUUUGCCUUCUAGUUUUGUGGUAUUUGUACUCAUAUUUACUGCCACAUUUAAGUUAUAAUAAAGAUUAUUUUUAAAUUA